AAGGGUGUAAAAAGCAUAACCGAGCCAUUUCAAAUUCUCGCCUCAACGUUAUUGUUUUUCUUUUCCCAAAAUUUCAAAACUAGUAUUUCCGCCAUUUCGAGUUUUUCCGGAAAACGAAAAUGGACACCACCACCCCGAAAUCGUGUCCUUACACCGUCACCGUUCGCCGGAACCCUCCCCGGAGAGCUCGUGCUACUCCGUUAAUCACACCAUUUCCUAACGAAGAAAUGUUAUCUCACCAACCAUCACAAAUUCCAUCAACCACAUCAGAGAAAAACGAGAAUCUGAAAAAUCCAUCAGAAAACGAGAAUCUCAAAGUAUUUCUCAGAAUUCGUCCCUCUCAAGUUCAACCCCCAAAUCAAGCUCCGCGUGUAAGAACCAAAACUGCGUGGCCGAAAACUCAAACAAAAAACAUCAUAGCGACUAACAAUUCGAAGAAGAAGAGCUCAUCUUCCUCAUGUAUAUCCAUUAACGAUUCGGAAUCAGUGACGUUAAUAGUUCCUUCCGAUUUGCAAGAUGCGAAGAGAGUAAAAUUGGAAACAUACGGUGGUUUCACUCAUGUUUUUCCUUCCAAUUCAUCUCAGGUUGAAGUAUAUGAUAAAAUGGUGAAACCUAUGGUGGAUGAGUUCAUCAAGGGUAAAAGUGGAAUGUUGGCCGCAUUAGGUCCGAGUGGCUCCGGGAAGACUCAUACCGUGUUCGGAAUUCCGAGGGAUCCUGGCAUGGUGCCUCAGGUGCUGCGCCAUAUUUUCAAGGAGACUGAGGCAUCAAGAUCCUUUUACAUAGCUAUAUUCGAGAUAUACACUGAACGGGGAAAAGCAGAAAAACUGUUGGAUUUAUUACCAGAUGGUGGUGAAAUAAGCAUGCAACAAUCCACCAUAAAAGGCCAGAAAGAGGUUCUCAUCUCUAAUGCUGAACAGGCAGAAACCUUGAUAGCACAAGCUGUGAUAAAACGUGCAACUGCAAUGACAAAUACGAACAGUCAGUCUAGCCGGUCACAAUGCAUCAUAAACAUUCGUGAUGUUCCUAAAAGAUGUAAAGGAGUGGUCAAUUCCAAGUCAAAUGAUGCUGUUUUGACUAUCAUCGACCUUGCUGGAGCUGAAAGAGAGAAACGAACAGGAAAUCAGGGGACAAGAUUGGUUGAAAGCAAUUUUAUCAACAACACAUUGAUGGUCUUCGGCUUAUGUUUAAGAUCUCUACUGGAGCACCAAAAAAAUCCCAAGAAACAAUUGCAGAAGCACUUCCAAAAUUCUAUGUUAACAAGGUAUCUGCGAGAUUAUUUGGAGGGCAAGAAGCGCAUGACCUUGCUUUUAACAGCAAAGUCGGGAGAGGAUGAUUAUCUCGAUACUUCUCACCUACUUAGACAGGCUUCCCCUUACAUGCAAAUCAAGUUUAAUGAAGUUGAGCCAUCAAAUAUGGUUCCCAAAAAAAGGCUUCACCAAGCUUCUUCCAUAAUUGAUAAUGCAAAACAAUCACCUUCAUUAGCACAUUUAAAGAGAAUGAGACUUGUUGGUGAACAUACUGUGCAGAAUGAUGAAAAGGGUGUUGAAGAAUGUAACACUUUGAAGAAAGGUACUUCAACAGUGUGUAAAUUAGAUGUUAGCAGUUCCGUGUCUCUAAAGUCAGAGUGCGAUAACCAUGCUGGGAAUGAGAGAAGUCACAUUAUAAUGAGGAAUUUUGCUAGAGUUUUAUGGAGUGUAUUGAAGCAAUAUAAUUCCCAACUGAAGGUUGCAGAAAGGGAAAUACUAAGUCUUAAAGAAAGCAUAGGACAUGAAAAGGAAAAAAAUUUAGAGUUGGAUAUGCAGCUGAAUGAGUUCAGGGCUGCCUGUACUUGUUACAAAGGAAGAAAUGAAAAAUCUGAUACUGAAGAUUGUUCACCAGUUGAUCUUGAUCACCUGCAUAAUUUUGACCAAGAGUCUUUCCAGGAAACGUUUGAUGCAGUGUCAUCAUCUGAGCCUAGAAUUGACAAGUCAGAGGAAGAUCAUAUACCGGGUAAAAAAUCAGAAAGGGAAGUUUCAGUUUCGUCGUCAGAGUCAAGACAUCAUAGCGCUUUGGAGAUUGAUGAUGUGAGCAAGGAAACAUUUAAUGAAGAGUCAUCAUCUCAUCCGAGAGAUGACGAGCAUAUACUUGGUACUACCUGUACGGAGUAUUCUGAGAAAUCAGAUAGGGAAGUCUUGGUCUCCUUGUCAAAUUUGGAGCAUCAUAAUGCUUUGGAGGUGGAUGAUGUGGUCAAGAUACCUAGUGAAACAUUGCAUGAAGAGUCAUCGUCUCAUCCGAGACUUGAACAGUCAGAUGACGAGCAUAUACUUGGUACUACCUGUACGAAGUAUUCUGAGAAAUCAGAUAGGGAAGUCUUGGUCUCCUUGUCGAAUUUGUGGCAUCAUAAUGCUUUGGAGGUGGAUGCUGUGAGCAAGAUACCUAGUGAAACGAUACAGACACAACUUUCUUCUGAGCCUGGAAUUUACCUGUCCAAUGAAGAGCCGAUGUUAGUUUCUCCCUGUAAACAGUUAGAUUCUGAAAAUUUAGAUAGGGAAGUCUCUCUUUCAUUGUCGAAGCCUGGACAUCAUAAUGCUUUGGAGGAAACAUUUAAUGCAGAGUCAUCAUCUGAGCCGAGACUUGACCAGUUAGAUGCUGAGCAUAUGAUUUGUACUGCAUGUUCAGAGUUGGAUUAUGAGAAAUCAGACAGGAAACUCUCUGUCUCAUUGUCAAAACCAGAACAUAAUGCUUUUGUGGUUGAUGCUAUUGACAGGAUACCUUGUGAAACAUUUCUUUCCGACUCAUCAUCUCAGCCAACACUUGAGCAGUUAGAUGAAGAGUAUAUGCCUGGUUCUACCUGUACGGUGUUGGAUUCUAAAAACUCGGAUAGGGAAGUCUCAAUCUCUUCAACAAAGCCUGGGCAUGAUAAUUCUUUGGAAGUUGAUGCUGUCAACAGGAUACCUAGUGAAACAUUUCCCUCACAGUCGUCAUCAUCUGAAGAGCCUAUGAUUGGUCCUUCUUGUACACAGUUACAUGCUGAAACAUCGGAUAGUUUAGUCUUGGUUGCUUCUGCCUCAUCAUCAAAACCAGGGGAUCAUAAGGAUUUGGAAGUUGAUGCUAAGAGCAAGAUGCCGAGAGAAUUGUUAGAUUCCUCAUUAUCAACAAAAAAUGGCAUUUUGGUUCCUUCAUCACCGAAAGAUGUAUCAUCUACUAAAACCCGGAGUGAUAUAGGAGUCAAUAACUCCUGCAAACCUCCUAAGCCGAAAAGGACACUUAUGCCUUCCUCGUCCAUGUUAUCAAGGAACUUGAGCACCUUUGAUUUUUUAGACGACUCAGAGAAAUUAAAGGGGAACAGAGGCACAAGGAAGUUGGGUGCACGUGAUGAUCCUAAAAGAUCAAAUGGAAGUAUCUCUCUGCUCAAUUUGCUCCAAGCGAGAAAAGGAAAUAUCCGUCACUAGGGUAGCCACCCAACCCUUGUAAAAAAUACAAAAAUGUUAUGCUUGAGAUAAGGGAUUAGAUUUCUUGACUGGGUAUGUGGUGUUGUGGUUGGUAAUGACUUGCCGUUUUGCAAUGCAUCUUAUGCCUUAUAGUGAUCUGCUUUAAUUAGUUAGUUACUGCUAACAAGUCAGUUGUUUACCUUUUAUUUGUAAGUAAUUCUGCAUUUUUAGUGGCAUGGCAGAAAGUGUAACAACUGUAGUUAUUUGAAUUAAUUAGUUAGUUGCUGCUAACAAGUCAGCUGUUCACUAUUUUGUAAGUAAUUCUGCAAUUUAAGUGGCAUAGCAGAAAGUGUUAUGAUUGUAGUUAUUUUAAGGCUUAAUUACUCUUUUGCUCCCUUAA